AUUUGUUUUUGUUUUUGCAUGCUCCAAGGAAACCGUAAAGAGACAGCUAACUAGCUAGUUUACAAAACUGAAUUAUAUAAUAUUAUCCACCCUCUACUUAACAAAGAACACAAGAAAACCAUAAAGACACAGCAGAGAUGGAGACAGAGAGAGAGAUUAUGUCCAGAGGAAGAAGACGAACUCACACCAAGUUUUCCUUUGGUGUUGUGAGAUUGGUUUUGUCGGUUGGAGUUUUAGCAUGUGUUUAUCAGUCGGUUCAACCUCCACCGCCGAAGAUGUUCACCGCCGUGACAUCACCGAGGAUCAAACUGAGAGAUGGAAGGCAUUUGGCAUACAAAGAACUCGGAGCUCCCAGAGAGGAAGCCAAGCUCAAGAUGAUUUAUAUCCACGGCUUUGAUUCUUGUAUGCAUGACUCAUUUUUCUUCCACAACUUGUCGCCAGCUCUUUUGGAGGAACUCAAGAUAUGCAUAGUAUCAUUUGACCGACCUGGUUAUGGAGAGAGUGAUCCUGACCCGAACCGGACACCAAGAAGCAUAGCAUUUGAUAUAGAAGAGCUUGCUGAUGGGUUAGGACUAGGACCAAAGUUCUAUGUCAUUGGCUUCUCUAUGGGAGGUCAAAUCAUUUGGUCUUGUCUUCACUAUAUUCCUCACAGGUUAGGUGGAGCGGCGAUGGUAGCGCCUGUAGUUAACUACUGGUGGAGAAACUUGCCUGCAAAAUUGUCUAAGGAAGCUUUAUCUCUAAUGCUUCCUCGAGACCGGUGGAUGCUUAGAGUGGCUCAUUAUGCACCUUGGCUUACUUUCUGGUGGAACACACAGAGAUGGUUCUCAAUCGCUAGCUACAUUUCAUGUGACCCCAACAUCCUCUCGUUUCAGGACAAGGAAAUCUUCUCUAGGCUCGGUUUCAAUGACCUGAAUCAGGCAUACGCAAGGAAGCAAGGAGAAUAUGAAAGUCUACACAGAGACUUGAUGAUUGGAUAUGGUCACUGGGAGUUUGAUCCUUUAGACGUUCAAAAUCCGUUUAAGAACAGUAAUGGCUCAGUCCACCUUUGGCAUGGCGAUGAGGAUAUGUUUGUGCCAGUGUCGCUUCAGCGUUUUAUCAUCUCAAAACUUCCGUGGGUUCGAUACCAUGAACUGACUGGCUCAGGCCAUUUCUUUCCUUCUCUUAUGGUUGAUGAGAUUGUCAAGACACUUUUUGUUGGAGAGGACUAGCAAGUGCAAAUGUUUCUGUAGAAGCAUCAAGAAUGUCGGACAACAGUUGAAUAAUAGAAGCAAGUACAGGCUCUUGACUUGACUGUGGCUUUAAGCAAGUUAGACUCCGCUAAGCAAUGGGUAAGGUUGUAUAUCAACAAGGACCAAGGAGAGAGAAACUUUUACAAUGUAAUGUAAUCCAUUACAAAUUAGAACACACUAAAAAGAAGAUAUAUCAAUACAAAGACAACAACACAAUACAAGAAACAAACAAAUGUAAAUUAUAAACAUCUUAUUUUUAUCUACCAAACAAAUUCAUACAUAAUACAUAUCAUAAUAUAAAAUAUAUAUAUAUAGUUUCCAUGAUAUAAAGUAUAGUAAGCU